AUGACGGUCUCAAGGUGGAUGACUCUAGCUCGCCAGUGUGUCAUUCGUCGGAUCUCUGUCCAACAAUUUAGCGACUUGUUGCGGUCCCAUGACAACGAGAUUGAUGGCAAACGAUUAUUUUUGGGCUUUCUUGAAUGCCGAGAUUUCUUUUGCCAGCCAGGAGACCCUCUCAUCUCACUUUACGUCGACUAUAUUGCAAUCACUGGAAUUAUUGCCAUUUCUGACGCGUUGAUAAUCCUCACAAAACGGUGGAAUGACACGAAAUUUCCAGCGUCGCGGGAUACUCUUGCAUGCUACAAUGACACUCUGCAAGAUUUGACUAUGGUGGUUGUAUCGCCGAAAUACAAGACCACUGUGUCCGAAGCACGACUAGCUCUACAGAUCUCAUCAAGAUGGCUUUCCGCAUUGGCGCGGCAGGCUUCACGAGGAGAUCCUGAACCCUCAGGCCUGGAGCUCAACGGCACCAUUGAACUCCUCGCUUUUCUCAUGGCUUCUAUGGCGGCAACUGAUGCUGGACUCGAAGCUUUGUCGCCGCCCGAGGGUUUGAGGCAGAAGAACAAGCAAGGGCAUGUUAAUGACUUGGGGAUUUCGGUAAAGCAAGCAUUUGAACUCUGUCUGCCAUUGUAUUCCAUGCUCUCCCCUCAGCUCAUGGAACGGAUAAACACAGUCCUGAAGCAUAUCAACCUUCUUGAUGACAGUCCCUCGCAACCGGGCAAUGCACGAGCCCCAGGCUCCGAGAUCCAAGCGCUUCAGUUCCAAGUCUCCAUUGCAGAUAGCCAGCUGGUGGCUUCCAAAGCGGGCACAAUGCUUUACCUCGAGGGUUUGCUCUUCACAGGUUCGACGAUUGACGAUGGUGGGACCGUGCACUGGCUUUCCUCGCGUCACCAGAAUGAUUACCAGUCAAUGUUUAGCGACAUUUUUACAUCCUCGUUUUCAAUUCUCAAAGCCCAGCAUACCACCCCAACCAGAACUUUGUGCGUGCAGCAGAGUCAAAUCUUCAUCCAGAAUAAGCUUCCGGCGCUUCUGUCUAUGAUAUCAGCUUCUUCAUUCAACAGUUUUAGCACCGAACAAGCCAUAACCGAAGCAUGGCAUCAAGUGAUGCCAUUACUUUCAGCACAAGACCUUCUUUUAACCGGCGCGCGUUUUCUGCACGUCUGUGCUUUGCAUCACUUGAUACCAGCACAAGUUGCUGCACAGCUUGUUGGAAGCGAGGAUUUGCUGAAAGGUUUGAACAAGGGGUUGUACGCUAAGGAUGAUCUUGUGGCUCAAGUCAACGUGAAUCAUAUCAGAGGACCGAAACUCGUGGAAGAGCUGACCCGCAGCGAUGGAAGUGCGGGUUUCAUCAGUCAGGCUGUUGUUGAGAUCAUGCAUAUUUAUUGCCAGAAUAAGGAAACUCAAUAUCUCAGAGAUCUCGCCAAUGCAAUCCUACGGAGACCUGCUGCCAUCAAUUGCAUUGCUCUAUUUGUUCGCCCCUCCUUUUUCCUUGGUCCUCUCUGCGGCCUUUUAGACGAGUGGCGUUGGGAUGAGAUACACGAAGGUGAGGCCCAACCGGUAUACGACGAUUUUGGAGCCGUCUUUCUCCUGAUCUUGAUUAGCAGGGCUCGUUUGGCGCUGUCAAACUCAAGCUUAGGUAUUCGCAAGAAGGAUGGGUUCCUGGCUCAAUAUCUGGAGCAGGAGAACAAUGAAGAAAGCCUAGAGAGUCUCUCCGAGGAAAAAAAAUCUCAUCUGGGGAAUUGGAUCAAUGCUCUUUACCUGGCUGAGGGUCUGAGCGAUGAACUGUUUAUUAAUUGCAGUCCGCACGACUUCUACCUUUUGAUUCCCACUCUCCUCCGGCAAUCAAUGACGGCCCACCAACAGGGAAAGUUGACCCAUGACUCUUUGCAAGCUGGCCUAGAUUAUCUUCUUGAGCCGUUCUUGCUGCCCUCUUUGAUAUCGGCGAUGAACUGGGCUGCAGAAGUUUUCCGGCAUGAGCCCACAGUUGCUGGAAAGGUGUUGGAGGUUCUGAUAAAACCACCUGGAUCGGUAGAGUCUCGAGAUAUUCACCACACGAUAUUGGCAAUGUGCGCACCUAGGCUGAAGAUGCGCCUCAAGGCUGCCGGAUCGCAAGACACUAACGCCGACCCUAUCCUUCAGAUCUUGAACCAAUGUCCAGGCUUUUCCCUUUUUUCAGAACGAGACUUCGAGAUUCCAGGCCCGGGAGUCCUCGACAUACUGCAACAUAGCCUAGUGACACUGAUUACCUCUACGGCCACUUUGGACUAUGGAGACCAAUCUACUUCUCGGGACAUUUCUGCGCUCGUGAGCCGUGCUGUGGAAGUUCGAGGUCCUCACACGACCUUGCGAGCCAUAGUUGGGGUGCUCCUGCAGCUAAGCGACAGCCAUGUGUUCCUUUUCGCUCUUGAUGCAUUAACAACUACCGUAUGUAUGGCGGGAAAUGGUCUUCGCGAUGCUUUACGUUUACAAUACAAUGACCUUGGGGGCCUUUUGAAGAGAGGGGAAACAUUGACUGCUGAAGGGGUCGUUCGUCUGCACCGACAAGUCGAAGCGUACACAGAUCUUCUUGGCGUGCCGGAAAUGGGCUUGGAUUCAUUCACUUUUACACAACAACUUACAAAUAUGGACACGACGAAUCCUAACCUCGACGCUGCUACAGCUGUAUCGGGUGGGAUGGAUAUACAGACAGAACAGGGACAAGUUGACGGGAUCGAUCAAGUGCUUGACGAAGUCGCUGCCAUGGGAAACCUGGACCCCAACGACGCGGACAUGAGCUUUGAUGCUCUCUAUGGCCUUCAAGGGAACGACAUGGAUCUCAAUGAUUUGGAUUUAGAUAAUAUGUUCUGA